AUGCUGCCGCAGCUGCUGCUGCUGCUGAGGCCGUCACCGCAGGAGCUCGACGAGAGGGCCGCCGGCCGGCGCCGGGCCAUCGACGUCGGCCUUUGGCUGCUGAGUCGCCACGCGGCGUGGCGGAGGCGCCCGCAGAGCCCCUCCAUUUCCGUGAAGAGCUUCAGGCAGUAUGAAUUCUACAGCCACUUUGGCUUGACGCUGCGGCGACCACCCACUGCGACCCGCGGCCCAACGAUGCGGCGGCUGCGAGGGAAGAUUGGGACGCCGCCCGAGGCACGUUUCGUUCGCUUCCGCGCCACGAAGGGUUUUUUUCCUCCUCGACGAUUGCUCUGCAGAACGCGGAGUCGUUUCCGGACCACUUCCGGUGGGGGCACAGGUGCCGCGGCCCUCCCGCCCUGCAUCAGUCAAAACGCUCUGGUGCGCACAACACACACGCGGUACGGAAAUAUUUGGACUGAGAGCAGCGAGUUGUCGCAGUGGGCGGUCGUCGCAGCGCCAUUUUGUCGUCACCGGCGUGUCAAGGAGCACGUGGGAGUUGCAGGUGCCGGCGUAUGUCUGCGGCGAUGUUGUGCCGGGUGGCCGCACGAGUGA